AGAGCAAUUCGUUACCAGCUUUUGAAUGUGUGAGCUACUUGAUAGGUUUGUACAAUAUGUUCUUAUUUCAGGCAUAUUGCGGUCAGUAUACAUGUUUUAUGAACAGUGGGUAGCUAAAAAUUCAUAUUGUCUUUUGCCACUGUAAUAUACGACUGUUGUGAAUCAAGGUAUCUUAAUAACGGACGAUAUGUUAAAUAACCGAUUGUGAACUUUCCAGAGUUGCCAUUUUCAUAAAAAUUUAAAGGAGACCCUACUUGGAAUUUUUCGAAAGCUUUGGGCUACUAAAACUGAGGUCACUUGCUUUUGGGUUGGGGUACUUCCUGAUGACGGUGUAUAACUUAUAUAUAUAUGGAAAAAAUGGUGAUAACCUAUUUUACCGUGAAUGGACUCCAACAAAGCAAGGUGAAUGUCCAUCUGAUAACGACUUGAAGUUGAUGCGUGGUAUGUUAAUUGGUCUAAAAGGAUUUUGUCAAAAAAUUUCACCGUUGGACUACGAAAUUAAUCGUUUUUCUUACGUUACUAACACAUAUCGUCUUCAUUUUUACGAAACCCCUACACUAAUGAAAAUUGUUCUUACCACUGACAACUCUUGUGCACCAAUGAAUGAUGAACUUGAAGGGAUAUUUCAAAUAUAUACAAAAUACGUUUCACAAAACCCGUUAAUUAAAUCCGAAGGACCUAUUAAAAGUCAGGUCUUUUCUGAAAAACUUGAUCAAUAUGUUCAGAGUUUGCCUGUAUUUAACAAAUAAAUAACUUUUUUCCAGUUGUUUCAUUUUAGCUAUUUUCACUUUUUCUGUUAAAUCAAUGAUUUACUUCUUACAGGUUGUAAUAGUGUUGUGAUUGUAAAAGAGGGUUUAGCCACACAAUGUUUACAGCUCUACGUACAAAUCCAUCAGAUGGAGAAGUCAUAGUAACUGACACAUUAAAUGCACCUGUUUCCACAUGUAUUACAAAUGUUAUCCCGAAUUCUAUCAUAUCAAGUGGAGUUGGCGAGGAGGAUAACUAUUUAACAGGUCAUUUAAUGGGUGAAUACACUGGUCCAGUUGAAUCCGUUUUACCUCGAGAAUUCAGGCAAAGACUUCAUAAACAUUUUGCUCGAAUCGAACGUGAAUUUGAACGAGAGUAUAGAAGGUUAUAUAGCGAAAACUUAGCAUUACAAGAACGUUUGGAGAAAUUUGAAGAUGGUGAUCAUUCAGAAACAAUAACCUUGGUAAAAAAAUUGGGGGCAAGUAUGUUGUCACAGCGUAUCAAACAACAAUAUAAACAAUCCACAUCUCGUCUAGUUUCAAGUCUUCGUCAAUCUACAGGUCAUUCUUCCAGUAAUAUAGGUCAAGGAUGCACAUAUUCGGUUACCCAACCAGGAAUAACAGCUACAACUUGUGUUGGUGUAACUUCAAAUACUCUUUCUGUUGCCGUCAAUAGUCCGUUAAAUUAUUCAGGGAAUAUUGCUUUGCCUAGUGGUGGUAGCACAACUGGACAUGGGACAGCCAUUUUUGCUGGAAGCUUUUCAGGACACAAUGGAAAUUUCCAGUUGAUGAAUCGAGUGGCUGGACAUAGAGAUGGUAUAUGGGAGGUUACUUCAUUCAGGAGGUUUAUUGCGACUGCAUCUGCUGACAAUACUGCUCGUCUUUGGAUUAACGAUGGUCAAUUAAAUUGUUUAUUAGUCUAUAUGGGUCAUUCAGGUUCAGUAAACUCUGUUCGAUUUCGAAAUAAAGACAGUUUAAUGUUAACAUCUAGUGGAGAUGGAACUGCCCACCUUAUUCGUUUGCCAUUUGAUUUAAUAACUAAAGCUGCAACUUCACUUACAAGUGGAAACACAUCAGGAGCUGCAUUGGAUGCCGUCGCCUCGGCUCUUGCUUCAGAAACUGCUGGAACAAGUCCUAUGGGUUUGGGAAUGAGUACAAUUUCAGGAACUGCUAUCAAGUCAGGGAUUGAUCCGGUUGGUUCGUAUGAUUCAGAUGAAACGAUGAAUUUAUUAGUUGGUUCUACAGAAGAAGAUCCUCCAGUUCGCAUUGCCGCUAUCCCACCUAUCGCUGUUCGACAUCCUCACGCAAUAUUUCAGUCUGCAAACUUAUAUUUAUCAUCAUCUGGUACAGUUUGGAAUUCUACUGGUGCUUCAGGAUGCAAUGUUAUCGACUCAUCACCUUUAUCUGCUGCUGAUUUUGUUUACGGACGAGAACAGUUAGUGACAGCAUCGUGGGAUCGUCUAGGUAGAACAUAUGAUCUUGCAACUGGACAAGAGCUAGAAUCACUUACGGGACAUGAUGAUCAUUUGACAGAUGUACGUUGUGAACCAGGUGGGUUUCCUGUUGUUGUCACGUCGUCAAGGGAUUGUACAUUUCGUUUGUGGGAUUUUCGUCAACCAGGAAUGCGGGUUCAUGUUCAACAGGCCCAUAGUCAAACAGUUUCAACCACACAAUUUUUGGCACCCGGUUCUCCUGAACGUCUUAUAAGCGCUGGUGCUGAUAGGUUUUGUCGUAUUUGGGACUUGAGACAAAGCCGUGGUCCAGUUGUUAGCAUUAGAACCGAUGCAGCAAUCAAUCGCUUGGGUUUGUCUGGUUAUGGACCAAGUGUAUCAUAUCAGCCAACAGAAACAAUUAAUCCUGCUCCAACUGUAAUUGGAUCGUCUUCCAGUGAAGCUCCAUCUCAAGCUGCUCAACAUGGGUCUGUGUUAAGUACUUCAGUUCAUAAUCCCUGUCCUUCCAGUUACCCCAAGUAUAUUGCUCUACCGCUGGUCAAUCGAGGAAUAAAGCUACUUGAUGUAAAUGGCAACAGAAUUGGUCGGUUAACUAGAUCGUCACAUGGUCAUUCUCGUAUGGUAACUUGUGUUGCAUGGGCAAAUGAAGGUGUUCACAAUCUCUUCUCAACUGGUUUUGACGGUCUCUUAUUGGCUUGGCAAAUUCACAUUGGAAAUGUUUAGUAUAUAAAUAUUUGAAAUCUAUUCUUUUACUGCAAUAAUUCGUUGACUUCAGUAUUAUGAUGGUUUUCUAUUUCAUGAUGUGAUGUCAUAUGUGUAUGGCUAUACCUUUUACACUUUGUAAAUACACUUUACACAUAUGUAAGAUAUCAACUACCUGUCUACUCAUGUUUUCAUAAUGACAAUGACUAAUUUUCGUUUUUUUUUCAAAGUAGUAAUUUUCUCUUUAUCUCAUUUUCUUCACGUUACUUCGUCUUUAUUAGUUGUCUAAAAUAUUUUCACUAGGAAUGGUCAAGUCAAUCUAUUACUAUUGUCUUCAAUGUUUAUUUUAUCAUUAUUAUCUCUACUAUUCAUUUUGUUAUUACUUGUCUGCGAACAGAUUGACUUUAUAUUUAUUACUUAUAAGGGUGUAAAUAUGUAUUUAUGGAAUGUUUUGUUAGUAAAACAGAUUGUUUUCAAUAUAAACAGAUCAGUUAUA